GCAGACUCGCUCCGGAGAGGCGGAGGGAGGGGAGGCGCCGAGCGGAGCCCCGCCUUUCAUUCCAGCGGAGAGCACCGCGGGGCGGGAUGAGUCACAGGCGCGGGUGCUCGGGUUCCCACAGGUGAGGCCGCCGCGCUCCGGGCACGCAGGCCGCGCCGCUGGCCCUGCAGGGGGCUGCCGCCCUCCGUCCGCCCGUCUGGCCGGCGGGCCGGGGCCGGGCGUCCUCAUGUCCGGCCGGAGCCUCCCGCGCGCCGCGCUGCUCCUCCUGGGCUUGCAGCUCACAGCCCUGGGGCCUGCGGCUGCCGUGGAGAUCUACACGUCCCGGGUGCUGGAGGCGGUGAACGGCACGGACGUGCGGCUCAAGUGCAAGUUCUCCAGCUUCGCCCCCGUGGGCGACGCUCUGACCGUGACCUGGAACUUCCGCCCGCAGGAUGGGGGCUCCGAGCAGUUCGUGUUCUACUACCACAUGGACCCCUUCCAGCCCACGAGCGGGCGGUUCAAGGACCGGGUGGUCUGGGACGGGAACACGGAUCGGUACGAUGCCUCCAUCCAGCUCCAGAGGCUGCGGUUCGACGACAACGGCACGUACACCUGCCAGGUGAAGAACCCGCCCGACGUGGACGGGCUGGUCGGGGAGAUCCGGCUCAGCGUGGUGCACACCGUGCGCUUCUCCGAGAUCUACUUCCUGGCGCUGGCCAUCGGCUCCGCCUGCGCCCUCAUGAUCAUCAUAGUGAUCGGCGUGGUCCUGUUCCAGCACUUCCGGAAGCGGCGGUGGGCUGAGAGGGCGCACAAAGUGGUGGAGAUCACACCAAAAGAAGAAGAAAGACUCAACCAAGAGAAGAAGGUCGCCGUUUACCUGGAAGACACAGACUAGCGUUCCUCGGCCUCAGCGGAGGCGGAGGAGCCCGGAGCUGCCGUGGAUGGACGCGUCCGCCGACUCCUGUCCCGGUGACCUGUGUCCGCCAGCUCUGCACUGACCCCCCACAGCACCCCGAGCAAGCACCCCACCGAGGACUCCCCCUGUGGGGCCAGUGCUGCUCCGGUGAGAGCCCCUCAUCCCAGGCAGCGUCUGCACCGGGGAGCACCGGGAGCGCCGGGAGCACCAGGGAGCAGGCCUUGCUGCAGCCCUGUGGAUGCCGUGGCUUCUGUCCCUCCCACACCCGCUCUGAGAGCCCCGCUCCUGCUUCGGGAGGCUCUCCGCCCUCUCCUCCUCCCUCUACGGCGGGGAGGGGCCGCCCUGCUCUGGGACAGGAGAAGCCCGCGGUGGGUCUCAUGCUCCCUGUAACCUGGGCCACGUCUCACUGUGUGGCCUUCCCUUCCAUGUCCCGGAUGGUGGUUUUCCCCUUAUCUUUGUCAAUUGAUCCGUUUACCAGAGAGCAAGUCUGAAUCACAGAGCCCCAAGGAAAGGUUUCCCGGGUGCUCACCGGUGGACAGAUGCCACCCUGCGUGAACUGCUCCCACCUUUUCUGUUUGGUGGAAACAGUCAGCAGCUCGGGGCCUCCCUGGGCGGGAAUGGCCGUCUCCUGCCCGCCCGCCUCUGCGACCUGCACCGCAGAGCUGUCUGUGCCCUUCACUGGUAGCCGGGAUCACCAAACAGCUAAAUAGAAGAAUUCUUAAAUGGUAUUUUAUGACUUUAAAAAUUUAGGGCUGGUGAAAAAACAACAACCCUAACUGAUGGUGAUUUUGUUCAGUGGUGCACAAAGCUCUGAGAACUGGAAGAGAUUCCCUACUUCUUUCUUUCUUCUU